ACCUAAUUAAUUUAUGGAACAUUUUCAGUGCAGUAAAAAUUAUGAAUUUAACAACUGCUUCGUGUUAAACAUUAUAAAUAAAGACAGUUGGUGGCGCUGUCGGUCCUUGUUGUUGUGAGCCAUCCUACAAAUGUCCCAAAUGCAUCAACGGCGGGCAACUCGCGCUUUCAUCCAGAGGAGGUAAGGGGAAGAAAGGGGACAGCUCCGUGGUGCUGAAACCCACACGGGAAACGGCCACGCGUUUUUGACUCUUUCGGAUUCAACCAGUUCUUACUGUUUUUGGAUUCACAUCUUGCGGUAAAAGUAAGACCAAUUUGAUCACUUUCAGUAUAGCGUGCCGUGAAUUGGAAAUAAUGGACUUGUAUGAGACAAUGAGACCACACAAAAGGUACGUGAAUCUCAUUGUGUUGCUUUUCAUGGCUCACGUUUUGGCUUCCGUGACUCAUUAUUCCAUCCCCGAGGAGCUUAAAGAAGGAUCCGUUGUUGCCAACCUGGCGAACGAUCUCAGCGUGGACGUCACAAGUCUGAUUAGAAGAAAAAUGCGUGUCGACAUCAUCGCAAACAAAAAAUAUUUGGACGUGAACAAAGAGACUGGAGAACUGUAUAUUGCGGAGAAGAUUGACAGAGAACACAUUUGCACCACUAAAUGGACAUCAUCAUGCUAUCUCAAACUGGAGGUGACGCUGGAAAACCCACUGCGUAUUUUUAACAUAGAGUUGGAAAUACUAGACAUGAAUGACAACGCCCCGCAGUUCAGACGAGACGCCAUUCAUUUGGAUUUAUCCGAGUCCACUUCGGCAGGGGAGAGAUUCUCUUUAAGUAAUGCAGUCGAUCCUGAUGUAGGGAGCAAUUCGGUGAGUACGUAUCAUUUGAGUGAAAGCGAGCAUUUUAAUAUAGAGGUUCAGACGGGUCGAGAUGGAUCCAAAUUUGCAGAUUUAAUAUUGAAGAAGGCAUUAGACAGGGAGCAGCAGGAAAUGCACAAUUUAAUACUAACGGCAGUAGAUGGCGGUAAACCUCCGCGUUCUGGCACUGUCAGUAUUAUUGUUCAUGUUUUAGAUACCAACGACAAUGCGCCUUUGUUUGAUAAAUCUAUAUACAAUGUCAAAAUAACGGAAAAUUCUCCGAUUGGAAGCCUUGUUAUUGAUUUAAAUGCCACUGACUUGGAUGAGGGCUCAAAUUCGGAUUUAUCAUAUUCAUAUAGUUUAUAUACACCCGAGAAAACACAAGAAACAUUUUAUUUAAAUCCUUCUACUGGUGAGAUAACUGUUAAAGGAAUGCUGAACUAUGAAGAUUUUAAUAUUUAUGAUAUGGAGGUGAUAGCAGCAGACAGAGGCAUCAAUAGUUUGUCAGGUCAAUGUACGAUCAAAAUUCAAAUCGAGGACAUGAAUGACAACCACCCAGAAAUAUCCAUUAAAUCUUUUCAAAGUCCAGUCAGCGAAAACAUUGAUGUCGACACUGUGAUAGCAGUGGUCAGUGUAAGUGACAAGGACUCAGGCAAUAAUGGAGUGGUGGAUCUUCGCAUUCCAAAUAACAUGCCUUUUAAACUGAGGGAGUCCCCUGAUAACUUUUAUAAAUUAGUUGUUUCGGAGCCAUUAGACCGUGAAAAGGUUCCAGAAUACGACAUCACCUUCACCGUCACCGACAGAGGCUCCCCUCCUUUAAGUGACAAUGAAACCAUGACUUUGCAGCUGCUGGAUGUGAAUGACAACGUCCCACACUUCCCUCAGUCCUUUUAUACCAUACGUGUGAUGGAGAAUAACGCCCCUGGCGCCUUGCUGAGCUCCCUCAGUGCGUUUGACCCCGACCUCCAUGAGAACCAGUACCUCGUGUACUUCAUCCUGGAGAAGGAGAUUGCCAACACCUCCAUGUCCAUGCUGUUCUCCAUCAAUCCAGAGAACGGCAACCUUUACGCACUCAAGACUUUUGACUAUGAGAUGGAGAAGGACUUCCUCUUCCACAUCGAGGCCAGAGACUCUGGCUCUCCUCCGCUCAGCAGCAACGUGACCGUCCACAUCAUCAUCGUGGAUCAGAAUGACAACGCCCCGGUUAUCGUCUCUCCUUGGCGAGCGCACGGCUCCGUGGUGGAGGAGAAGAUCCCCAGAUCCACAGAUAAAGGCUCCCUGGUAGCCAAGGUGAUAGCCUUGGACGUGGAUUCCGUGCACAACUCUCGCGUCACCUACCAGUUCCUGCAGGUGACCGACGCCUCCUUGUUCAGUCUAGACCAGUACAGCGGAGAGAUCCGCACCAUGAGGAUGUUCAGCUACAAAGAUUCUCGUCACCAGAGACUGGUUGUUGUUGCUAAGGACAACGGGGAUCCCGCUCUCUCUGCUACAGUCACCAUCAAGCUGUCCACGGUGGAAACGGCCGUGAAGGCCUACUCGGACAUGACCGAGGUGCCUCUGGAAUACGAUAUUUUCUCUGACCUCAACCUGUAUUUGGUCAUCGGUCUGGGCUCGGUGUCCUUCCUGCUGCUCAUCACCAUCCUGGUCACCAUUGUGCUCAAGUGUCAGAAGGUCAAGCCCAGCAAAGCAGCUCCUCCCUGCAGGAACAGCGUGAUCAGCGAGAGGAACUCCACCAUCGCAGAUUCCACUCUGGUGUCCAACGAUGCCUACUGGUACAGUCUGUUCCUAGCAGAGACCAGGAAAGGAAAGCUGGUGGUCAGGCAGCCCAUGCCGAAGGGCUCCAGAUACAUUGUGUCCAGUAUUCCCAGGAGCACAGGCAUGUCUGAGACCAGCGACUCCGCUCCUUCCACUCUGCAGGUAUGAGUCAAGUGCAUAUGAUUUGUCAGUGUAUUUAUAGAGCUUCACAUACAUCAAAUAGGAGUCAGCCCAUACCUGCUCUCAUUUUUAGUGCAUCUGAUCAACCCCAAAUGAAGUUCAGAUGUUCUAGUCGGCUUUUUCUGACAUUUUUAGCCAUAUUUUCAGCAUAAUCCAUGGUUCGCAGAGAGCUUUCAGUGUAAAAUUUCAUUGUUCAAACAUAUCAGUUAAGAGAAGGGUACAAAUAAUUUCCAAGACAUUAAAUAUACCACGGAACACUAUGAAAGUAUCGUCACAAUGAAUUGGGAAAAUAAUGCUAAACACUUAGAACUGGACAUACCUCUGAAUUGUUUCAUCAAGGAGGCUGCCAAGAGCCCAACAGCAAUCUUGAAGGAGAUGCAGGAAUUUCUGUUAAUUACAAGUUGUGUAAGACUCCUAGAACAGCUGUGGAGCAUUUCUUUUAUUUAUUUUUAAAUAAAUGUGUUGUCCAUAUUAUUGGUGUCACAAGUGGUGGAGAAGUUUUGGGAUUAUUUAUCUUGGUCUCUUACCGUGACAUUUGAACAGGGGUAUACAGACUUUUCUCCAGUGUAGCUGUUCUUUUUGUCGGUCAUUGGUUGAAUGUGAAGCAAUGAAUGUUCUGCCUCCUCUGGCUGUGUGUCUCACGCCGUUGAUUUCGUCAUGCUUCAUAUAAAUUAGUCACUUUGAAAACUUUGCUUCUGUGGAGGGCAGCAGAGACUUUGAGUGGAUUUCAUGUCUCUGAAUUGCAACAUUUCUAGCUCCCUGCUCCUCGAUACUGUGACAGCACCGCAAAACUUAUUCUUGUGC